UCUAGAUGCUUCACCCGCUUACUAUCGCGGGCUGCUUCUCUCGCUACUGACCGCUCGUCUGGUUGGCUUAUCCUCAUCUUGAGCCCACAACAUGACGACGCCUCACCAGCCAGAUGGCAAGGGGGCCGAUAAUGGAGGAGGACAUGGAAGAGGCAGUAUAGGCACGCUUCAGGAGAGGCGAGCGUCUGUCAUGAUGGAGCCCAGACACAACAACAAGCUGGGCACCGUGUCCGGAGUCUACAUCCCCGUCUUUCUCAACAUCAUAAGCAUUCUCAUGUUCUUGCGGUUUGGUACCAUCAUUGGAAGUAUCGGAUUCAUGGGAAUUCUCGGACUUCUCGUCACAGCAUAUUGCAUCGAUCUUUUGACGACCCUUUCUUUGUCGGCAAUUGCUUCAAAUGGCGAGGUCAAAGGCGGAGGUGCCUACUAUCUCAUCUCGCGAUCUCUCGGACCCGAGUUUGGCGGUUCCAUUGGCAUUCUCUUCUAUCUUGCCCAGGUUCUCAAUGCGAGUAUGAACGUUGUUGGUCUCAUUGACUGCAUCCGCCUCAACAUGGGUUCGGCUUUUCCUCAAGGAUAUUGGACUGGCUAUGGUCUGCAGACUGCGGCUCUUGUUCUAUGUACCGGCCUCUGUUUCCUUGGAUCAGCUACCUUUUCUCGAGCCUCCAACGCGUUGCUAGCGAUCUUGUGUCUUGCUAUCAUCAGCAUCCCAGUUUCUGCCGUCUUCAAAACUCCUUUCCACGAUAAGGAGCUCGGUAUUCACUUUACCGGCCUUAGCCUCGAUACGUUGACCGAUAACUUCCUUCCCCAUUUUGGCAGUCCCGCGUUCAAAGGUCUCGAGACGUUCCGUGACCUCUUUGGCAUUCUUUUCCCUGCCACUUCCGGAAUUUUUGCAGGAGCAUCUAUGUCUGGAGACCUAAAAGACCCAAGCAGAUCCAUUCCUCAUGGAACACUAUGGGCCAUGUUGACAACCUUCAUCGUCUAUUUUGUCGUGAUCCUUUCUCUAGCAGCGAGCACAACACACGCCUCGUUUCUGGCAAAUCCGAAUGCCAUCUCGCUCACCAACUUAUCUCAACCCGUUAUUCUCGCUGGCGAAUGUGCUGUCACCUUCUUCUCCGCUCUCAUGGGUCUCAUUGGAGCCUCCAAGCUAUUCCAGGCAUUUGCCAGAGACAAGCUUCUGCCAGGUCUCUCAUUCUUUAGCAAGGGAACGAAACACGGUGAUGAGCCUAUUUAUGCUCUGCUGUUGACAUAUGCGAUUGCUCAGGUGGCUCUCCUAGCCGACCUCAACCAGAUCGCCACCUUCAUCUCCAUGGGCUAUCAGAUGACCUUCUUCGUCAUGAACCUCGCAUGCUUCCUCCUCAAGAUUGGCUCUGCUCCUAAUUUCCGGCCGAGUUUCAAGUUUUUCAACUGGCAAACCGCAUUCACAGCUGGCAUGAUGUCGGCCUUUGCCAUGUUCUUCAUCGACGAGACUUACGCCGCCAUCGCAGUAUCGGUUCUCGUCUUGCUAUUCUUGCUCAUCCACUACCUCAGUCCCCCAAAGCACUGGGGCGACGUAUCCCAGAACCUCAUCUAUCACCAGGUGAGAAAGUACUUGUUGCGUCUCAGACCGGAACAUAUCAAGUUCUGGCGACCGCACAUCAUCCUUCUCAUCAACGACCCAAGGCGUCAGACCAGACUGAUACAGUUCUGCAACUCGCUGAAGAAGGGCUCUUUAUACAUCCUUGGGCAUGUAAUUGUGACGGACGACUUCAACACUGGGGUUCACGAAGCAAGACUGCAGCAACACGCUUGGACGAACUACAUAUCCGAGUUUUCCAGGAUCAAAGCCUUUGUGCAACUAACAAUGUCUCCUACUAUCACCUGGGGGAUCCGAAACCUGAUCUUGUCGGCAGGACUCGGCGGAAUGCGCCCCAAUAUUGCCGUCAUGGGUUUCUACAACAUGAAUGAGCUACGAAAGUCAAGUAGUAAAGUCCGCGUUCCAGAUAUCCCCGCUUCUCCUUCGACUCAGAUGCGCCGGCCCCCAAAGUCUGAAGGAAAAGCACCCCAACGUCGGCGAGGAGACACAUCAGCAAGAUUGUUGGAGGGCUUCCUCCCCACUGAUGUGAUCCGGACCGAGGAUUUGAUGUCCCCAACGCAAUACCUGACGAUCAUUGAAGAUCUGGCGCUCCGAUAUCGACUUAACAUUGCGGUGGGAUACGGCUUUGAUAAGCUAGAAACCCCUAGGAAGGAUGGAAACGUUAAAAAGUACAUCGAUCUUUGGCCUAUUCAAAUGUCGGCUGAAGUUACAGCCGAAGGGAAGAGUUUGCUAACAACCAACUUUGACACUUAUACCCUCAUUCUGCAACUCGGACAUAUCCUUCACAGCGUCCAGGCUUGGAAACAAUCUUACACACUGCGAGUCAUGGUGUUUGUUGAGUAUGAGAGCGAGGUACAUGAGGAGUACAGUCGAGUGCUGGCUCUCCUCGAAAAGCUGCGAAUUGAUGCUGAAGUCAAGGUUUUUUGCUUGGCUUCAGGCGAACUAAACACUUACGAGCUCAUUAUUCACGGAGCAAGCCACGACAUAGAUUGGGAAAUUAUGGUCAACGACACCCUCCGAGACGAAGAAUGGUGGGAUGAUCUACAAAUGUACCGAGGACGAGCAGACAACAUGACUUCUGCCCAAGAGUUUGACCAUCUGGCGCACAUUUUUGACUCUACAUCUGGAAGACCUGGUGUGUAUAAUCCACACGAGGAGCUCUAUGAGCGGCGACGUGCGAGUGUGGUGGAGGUUCCCGAGAUGCCCAGGCGACCGGCCAUUAGUAUGCUUUCAAAGAUGGGCGUAAAUAUGGGGAUUCACACACAUCACCUCCCAGAUGACGCCUUGGAUGAGUCGAGCAGCGACGACGAAGACAUCGAUGACCAAUCUACAACGGAUCUGGAUGAGGAGAUGGGCUACAAUUACGGCUUCUCAAAUGCCGUUGACGAUGAUAGCGUUGGACCAAGUGACCCAGCACAACGGCCAUUAUUGUCACACACAGAUCGUCAAGAGUCUGAUGACAGGGUACACGGGGACUUUUGGGAACGAUUUGGCCGGCGCCGGAGGUCCAACACGACUGGUGAUACAACUGCUACAUCGUACGGCACAAUGUCCUCCUCUGCAACAGUCAAAGGUGUCCCCCGCGUGCGCCCGCCGAGCCCUUCAAGGGGAGACACUGUGCGGCCAUAUCGCAGUGGCGCAUCGACACCGGGGAGGCCAAAUCUCUCCAGGCAAUCAUCAGCCGUGAGGUUCUCCAGCCGGCCGGUUCCUGAGACAAAGAUAGCAUCCGAGGCAGAGGGGACAACCAUCAGCUUUGCGCCACCGUCUAGCUCUGAAUCGGAAACACCAAAAGCCGGGCCGCCACGGCCGAGCUACUCGCGGCAAUCAUCGCUGGGCAAGUUCUCCAGUCGCCCUAUGCCUGAUACUCGGUUGGCAACUGGUGAGGAGGAGGGGAGGACGAUAUCUUUUGCAGAGCAACCCGUAUAUCACCCGCCUUCAACGAGUCAAUCUCGAUACAAUUCUCGGCGCAACUCGCAAGGAUCAAGGGAUGGAAGAGGUGAAGGUUCUCGGGUUCCUGAGAUGCUGGAGAGGUAUAGACUGGGGUCGCAAGUGGAGGAGGAGGAGGAGCCAAGCCCGGCUUACACGGCGCAGGGGGUGGAGCUGUCAUUCAACGAGUUGCCAAGCAGGGCCCAGCACCUCAUUCUCAACGAACUGAUGCGCCAGCACUCCAAGGAAACGGCCGUGCUGCUCAGCACUCUUCCGAUUCCCUCGGAAGGAACCAGCUUGGACGAGGUGGCAACGGUGCAGUACCUGUCGGAUGUGGAGGUGCUGUGCAACGAGUUGCCACCGACUCUGAUGGUCCUGAGCAACAACAUGACGGUAACUGUCAGCCUCUAA